AUGGAGCUCGCUUUACGAAAAGCGAGAGGACCCAAAGUCAGAAAGAGCAUUCCUGUGGAAGAAUCUGAUAAACUUACUGCGAGUGAAGACGGAGAUACUAUGCUUGCUGAAGAGUUGCUUCCAGUUACUCCUCAAGCAGCAUCUGUCACGAUCAUCGAACAUGAUGAUGAAUCGUUAACUGCAAUUAAUGCUUCAACGCCAGGAUCUUUAGAGUUAAACAUAAUGCAAAAUUUUAUUUCGAAUGCAUAUCCUACGAACACCAGGGGAAAGUAUGUGAUGAAACGUGCACCAAGAUUUCCUGUUAGGAAAGACGAUAUUGCUGCAAUCCGUCAUACUUUCUCCCCGGCACCUAUAAUCAUGGAAAGAAUAGAUCAGUCUACUGUCUUUCCCGAAGAGGAAUCGGCAGAAAAAAAUUAUCCAACAGCGUUGGAAAAAGGAGAUACUUACCGCACAUGGAAAAAGAGAUCAUGGUUAUGGUCUAUUCUCAAAUUUUAUACGACAACGAAAGCGAAGUUUGUACUGCAUGUAUUAUUUCGCGUGAUCUAUGUGUUUUUGUACAGCUGGGUUCUAGUCGCCAAGCCACGUCAAAGAUCCACAUUACCUCAAUUGUCGAACUAUUGGCCAGAAAUGAUUGUAGCACUAGUUCAACUAUCCCAACUGUGUGACAGCGUUGCAGCUAUCAGAGAGCGGGGUUUCUUGGACUGGACAUCUGACCACAUGUUCGGCUUUCAUCGAAAUUUGACUAUAAUAGUCAACUUUGUUCUUUUCGCGACUAUAAUCCUACGUGCUAGCUUCACGGAAGGCGAAGUGAUGUAG